AUUGAUGUUUAAAUUAGGUAUGAUUUAAUUGAAUCUUUGAGCACCAAUAUUCUAUGGAUUUAUGCAACUCUAUUUACUAAGCAUUUUUAGUAUUGUAGAUGAUAGCCUAUUCUAAAGUUAGAAAUUAGGCACUUAUUAUUUGUAUUUGAUGAUAAUGCUUACUAUAAUCUUCUAUGGGUUCACUGCUUUCAAGGAUGUAAAGAAUAAUAAUAUGAUAAGCCAGGAUUUGUUACCAUUAAUGAUUAUUAAUACACAGAUAGUUCGAAUCCAUAUUAAAAGAAGAAAUAAUAAUUCCAUCCACUUCCAGGCAAUUAUUAAUUGAGAACAAAGGAGCAAGUGGCAGAAGAACGAAUUGAUUUUAAGGUUGUUGAAUAAGCUAAACAAAAUCCAAAGUAAUGGAAAUUCAUAUUAUUCUAAUAGGAAUAAAGAAGAUUUUGAAAUUGUCUGUGAGGCUUCAAUUGAUGAAUAAAAUAUCCCUGAUAACGAAAUACAAAAUAUUGAGAAUAAUGAUGUAGAUAACGAGAGAACCCCGAAGAAAUCUAUGACUCCUUCUAAAGGUGUUUCAUAAUUGGAAUGUCCUCAUUCAAAUAAUGUUCCAACCUCAUAAGUGCUUUCACAAGGGAGUACAAAGCCUGACAUUAAUAAUAAUAAUGCUAAUACACAGACUGAUCCUCAAUCUCAUUUUUAAUAGGAAAUUAUGGUUGAAUAAAUUGAACAUCAAUAAUCGCCAAAAUCUGCGAAUAAUGAGAAGAACAUUGAUCAAAGUGUCCAUCAUGGGAAUAGCAUGUUCAUUGAAAAGAGAUAUUGUCCCAUCUGCAAUUAAGAUCAAAUCAUCAGAUCCAAACAUUGUCGAAGAUGUAAUAGAUGUGUAGCAUUGUAUGAUCAUCAUUGUCCAUGGGUAUUAAUAUGCAUCAAUAUAUUUAAAAGACUAGCAAUUGCAUAGGAGAAAGGAAUAGAUGUGUAUUUUAUUGGUUUCUACUUUUCUAGAUCCAAGAAAUCGUAUAUGUAAUGAGGAAAGUAAGUAUUAUUCAUCCUAUUUAGGUUUUUUCACACCUUGACUUCUCUUUGUAUAGUGGAGCAUUUUCAGUAUUAGUAGUGAUCAGUCUAUUGAUAACAAUAUCAAUGGGAUUGAUGGUUCUGAGUUUAUUUUUAUUCCAUUCUUUGUUGACUUGUAAGAAUAUGACCACUUGGGAAUAUAAGAGCUGGAGAAGGAUUUCAUACCUUAAAGAUUUUCCAUAAUAGUUGGGAUCACCCUUUAGCAGUGGAUGGAAGCAAAAUCUGAGACAGUAUUGUCGAUUUUCUGUACCUAAAUUGACUAAUUGGGAAUAUAGUAGUACAUAAAAUCUGAAUUUUAUAAAAUGAAUAAUUAAUCAUUUAAUUAGACAUAGUAAUAGCAUCAAUAUGAAGAAAUCGAAUAGGCUCUUUAGUUGCAAUGUGAUUUUGUUGAUAAAGUGGUCUCCAAUUUAACACUUGUCAAUAAAGAUUUAUUAAGCAUUUAAUCUUAACCCCAAGAACAAUGGCAGAUGGAGAAAAAUAAUUAUCUAAAAUAAAUUGUUGAUCUGAGAUCUUAAAUUGACAAAAUCCAAUCAGAUUAUGAGUCUGAAAUAGUUUAAAUGAGUGAGAGAUUUCAAAUUGCCAAGAAUAGUAAUUAUUCAUUUUAAUCAUUUAGAAUAAUAAGAGGAACAUGAUAUAGCUAUACAAAUGAAAGAUAAUUAAAUUAUCAAAUUGCAACAGGAAUUGAAAUAACUCACUAAAUAAAAAGAGGAAUUAUAAUCCUAAAUGUAAUAAUCUAAUAGAAAAUCAUCUAAUGAUCAGACAACUCUAGUCCAUAAAUUGCAAUCUGAAAAAGAGAACAAUAAACUUAAAGAUGAAAAUAAAAUGCUUAAAAUUCAAUUACAAUAAUUGUAAGACCAGAAUGCCAAAUUAGAAGAAACCAUCUCAAAAAAACAUUAGUCAUUUCAAGAGCAACUAAGCAUCAAAUAAAAAGAAAUUAAUCAAAUGAAAGAGCUUGCGUAAGUUAUCUUAGAUCAAAGAACAUAAAUUGAAGAUUUCUUUCUGGAAUCUUUACGAAAAUUAGAAUUAGGAGAUGAUUUGUAAAUUAAAUCUUUGCCUCAAAACGCUAAAAUUUAAAUAUUAAAAGAAAUUAUUGCUGCUUUUACGAAGAAAAAGCACUGA